CGGCAGGAAUGCACAUGUUUAUAUCGGGAGGGGUAGACUUGCUGGUUUCCAUUUGUUGGCCUUCGUCUAGCUUGAACGUAAGAAGAUGGGAGAAAAUGGAAGAAUUAAACACGAGAAUGGACGUAAAAACGGCGUAAACGGAAAACAUAAUGGAAAACACUCAGAGCUAAGUAGUUGGAAGGAAGACUUUUACGAGUCAUUUGAAGAAACCCCCCUGCUCAUCGCUAUCAUCACAUACAUUGGCUAUGGAAUCCUUGUCGUGGUCGGACACAUCCGGGACUUCCUUCGCUCUCACGGUUUGGAAACAACUAAGGCCAUUACAGAAAUUAAAAUGCCUGGGUUUGUGCCACUGUUGGCCAGUUGGGAGAGCUUCUACACACGGAACCUUUACCGCCGUGUACGGGACUGUUGGAACCGGCCCAUCUGCAGCGUUGCAGGAGCCUACAUGGACACACUGGAACGUGUCACCCCUGACCAUGGAUGGAACUUUGAGCUAACAGGCAAGAAGAAAACAGUUAUGAACUUUGGGUCAUACAACUACCUUGGUUUUGCCGAGAACACAGGACCAUGUGCUGAAGCAGUGGAGGUCACGACCUUGGAGGAAGGAGUAGGCGUUUGUGCCAGCAGGCAGGAACUGGGUUAUUUGGAAGUUCACAAGGAGCUGGAUGACCUGAUGGCUGAAUUCCUGGGAGUUGAGGCGUCUGUCACCUUCCCAAUGGGCUUCGCCACCAACUCCAUGAAUAUGCCUGCCCUGGUGGAUAAGGGCUGUCUCAUCCUCAGCGAUGAACUGAACCACGCUUCCCUUGUCCUGGGUGCUCGGCUUAGUGGUGCUACAAUCAGAAUAUUCAAACAUAAUAAUUUGAAGGAUUUAGAAAAGAAACUCUCUGAUGCUGUGGUCCAUGGGCAGCCUCGUACUCACCGACCCUGGAAGAAGAUUCUCAUUGUUGUAGAAGGGGUGUACAGCAUGGAAGGGUCGAUAGUGAGACUCCCUGACAUCAUUGCUCUAAAGAAGAAGUACAAGGCAUACAUCUACCUGGAUGAGGCUCACAGUAUCGGAGCCAUGGGGCUACGCGGCCGCGGUGUUGUAGACUACUUCAAUGUCGACCCACGAGACGUGGAUGUGUUGAUGGGUACAUUCACCAAGAGCUUUGGUGCAGCUGGAGGAUACAUCGGAGGAACUAAGCGCCUCAUCAACCACUUGAAAGUGAACUCCCACAGCGCCAUCUAUGCUUGCGCCAUCUCCCCUCCUGUAGCUAGGCAGAUCAUCCACUCAAUGAAGAUCAUCAUGGGCAGAGAUGGAACCAACUUAGGUCUGAGACGCAUUAGGCAGCUAGCCUGGAAUACUAGAUACUUCCGCAAAGAACUACAGAAAAAGGGCUUCAUUGUCUAUGGUAACAAGGACUCACCUGUCGUGCCGAUGCUCCUCUACAUGCCUGCCAAGACAACGGCAUUUAGUCGUUUAUGUUUGGAGAAAGGUCUAGGUAUUGUGGUGGUUGGAUUCCCAGCUACUCCAAUCAUUGAAUCUCGAGCCAGGUUCUGUCUGUCUGGCGCUCACACCAAAGAGAUGCUGGAUAAAGCUCUGAUGAUUAUUGAAGAUGUGGGGAACAAGUUGCAUCUGAAGUACUCACGUCUGCCAGUUCCAGCACACACGCUAAAGGAAGAACCAGAGCCCCACCUUCAGUGAAAUAUUCCAAGCAAGUCCUGAACACCCAGAACAAAGUGCAUGUUAAAAAACAUGCACCUCUUAAUGGCGUUUUCAGCCAUUUUGAAUGUUUUUUUCACUAUGUGGACCAAGUCCAUCAGCUCAGCGUUUACUGCUUGUUACCAUGGUAGCCUCAUGAAAUCUCACAAAGAUCUCACCAACCAAGUAUGAAGAAUAUAUGCUCAACAUGAUGUGCUGAAUGCUCAAUAUUUGCUGAGCCUCAUCAGUCAGAGAUGUGGUCCACAGCAAAUCUUGACCAGUAUAAUAUACACCUGUUCACAAACACAAUGCCAGUGCAGUCACAAGUGUGAUCUUCAUCAGAAAUCCACAGAUGCCCAAGAUUCGUUGCUUUCAAGCUGGACGAUUUCCUGAUUCACUGGAUACAAAGAAUAUGUGUGUAUUUUUGCAUAUCGUUAUUUGCUACAUACAGCGGCAAUGAUUACCUUGGUUUAGACAUGAAGGAACGAUGGGCUGUCAUCUGUUGAAGCCGCAGUGUGGGUGUAUUGAAAUAGACACUGUAUAGAGAAUGGAAGAUACUGUAACUGUAUGAAUGAGACGAUAAAGAUUUAAAAUUACCAUGUUUAUUAGGGCAAGUCGUUGCAAAGAUUUUCUAUAAAUACUUUUGUUGAUAAAUACAAAUCACUUUGAUAACUUAAAUAUUAUCAAGGAGCAAUAUGUUCAUUUUUGUGUAUCAGUAUAUUGAUAUGAGUUAUUUGUUUUAAAAGACAACCUUUAUUCCACUGUAAUGUUAAAAUGACAUCUGUCAACAGUUACUCAUAAAGAGAUGUAGUGUUUGAGGUAUAUAUCCAUGAAAAGUUGUAUGUAUCUGAGGGGUAUCUAAACGUUGACAGUGAAGAUUUGCCGAUAUGUAUUUCUUGAAAGCUCCUCUGACAUGAGGUGCUGUUCUGCAGCUAAGUUGUUGUUAUUUAUUGCUUGUUUGGGUGUUAUUUAUUUGAUAGGAUCCUUAUCAAAACAAUGUUUAUCAUAUGAACUUCAUCUUGUUUCAUCAUCUAAAACAUACAGCUAUGAACUCAUGACAGGGAUUAUAGUGGAACUAACUGAUCAAACGAAUGACAAUAUGUGAAAUGUGCUCUCCAUUUGUUCAAGAUUCCCAUACUUCGAGGCUAGUGGAGAGCUGAUAUAAAUCUUGUUUCUGUUGGGGCACAAUAGAAUUUAGAUUUUCUUAGAUCAUUUAUUGUAAAAUGUGUGAUGGAAGAUAGUAAUUCUGAUUAUUUUUGGGUGGCAAGGUAGAGAUGAAAGUUUUAUAAAUAUAUUUUGGCCAAAAGCCUCAUGCAUUAAGGAGUAUCUGCUGACAAGGUUUCUCAGUACGUUGUAACUGACCAAAUCUAUGUUACGCAGGGCCAAAUAAUGAUGAAUACAUAUCACAAAUAUGAGAAAUUUGAGACAACAUUGUAUUUACAUAUAUAUAU